GCCGGAAGCGACAGUGAGUCAGAUCGUCCGCCAUUACUGUAAUUGAUUUCGUUCUCGUGAGGAUAAAAGUGUUAAAGAAUAAACUGUUUAAUUGGCGUCUGUUGAUUGAAUUUGCACUAAUGCAGCCAUGAGCUGGGGAGCGGAGUUGUGGGAUCAGUAUGACACCAUAGCCCAUCAUACACAGCGUGGUAUUGAGUUUAAUGAAAAAUUUACACAUUUUUUAAAGGAGAGAUGUACAAUAGAAUUGGAUUAUGCUCGUAGUUUAAAAAAAUUGGUCAGAAAUUUUCAACCAAGGAAAAAAGAGGAAGAUGAGUAUCAAUUUACCUGGGCAAAGGGAUUUAUUGACAUGGUCAAUGAGUUACAUGAUGUAGCAAGCCAGCAUGAAGUGGUGGCAGAAAAUUUACAAGGAAAUGUCAUGAAAGAUAUGCAAAAUUUAAUAGCAGAAUUAAAACAAGAACGGAAAAGACUUUUAAAUGAAGGACAAAAGAUACAGGAACAGUUAAAUAAGUCUUAUCAACACUUAGAUAGGGCUAAAAAUCGAUAUGAAAAAGGUUUUAAAGAAGCUGAAAAAACGAUGGAAAGUUACAGAAAAGCAGAUGCUGAUAUUAACCUAUCUAGAGCUGAAGUAGAGAAGACACGGAUGUUGAUGAAUACUAAAGCUCAGUUAUGUGAAGAAUGUAAAAAUGAAUACGCUGCUCAGUUACUGACAACAAAUCAACACCAGUCUAAUUUCUAUACCAGUCUUAUGCCAGAAGUUUUUCAGCAAUUGCAACAGAUGGAUGAGAAGAGAAUAAAUAGAUUAAAAGAUUUUAUUCAUCAGUGUGCUGAUGUAGAAGCUAAUGUGAUACCUAUUAUAAAUACCUGUAUAGACGGCAUGAAGAAAGCUGCUAAUAAUAUAGAUGCCAAUAAUGAUUCACGGCUUGUGAUAGAUAGAAAUAAAUCUGGUUUCCCCAAACCAGAUGACAUACCAUUUGAAGAUUUAAGUUUAGGACAAUCUAUAGAAAAUUCAAACAAUGUAACACCCAAAAAUACCAUAGAUCAUAAGAAUACCUCCAAAUUAGCGACGUUAUCGGGAAAAAGUAAAAAGCGCACUGGACUCUUUGGACUAUUUGGAUCAUCCAAAGUCCCUAUGAAGAUUAUAGGAUUGUUGACCGAUGACCAGAAGGAAGAUUUCAGUGAUUUACCACCCAAUCAACGGAGGCGUAAACUAACGCAAAAAAUUGACAGUAUUAAAAAAGAAAUGGCGAAAGAGUCUGCUGAGAGGGAAGGUAUGUUAAAAAUGAAAGAUGUUUAUUGCAACAAUCCAGCAUUAGGUGACCCCACAACACUUGAUAAAAAGGUGGAGGAAAAUGCUCAAAAGAUUGAUGGCUUACGGCAAGAAUUACAGAAAUUUGAGGGGUAUUUGAGUGAUGCAGAAAACAAUAGUAGUAGAGGUCGUGAUAAACGGAAUAGUACAUCAGAUGAUUCUAUAUCUAUGACAGCAUCAGAAAGUAGUGUAAUACAAAGACAGGAUAAUUCUCUACCCGGUACACCACAGACACAGCAUAAUGUUACUAAUGUGUACGCACCUGUUGAUGGUGAUGUGGAUGAUGAAGAAGAUGAAUUUAAUUAUCCUGUUAUAGGUACAUGUAGAGCUUUAUAUAGGUUUGAAGCGGUAAAUGAAGGUUCAGUACCAAUGGAUGAGAAUGAGGAGAUGUUUAUAAUAGAACAAGAUCAAGGUGAUGGAUGGACACGAAUACGUAAAGAUGACAAUAUUGAGGGGUUUGUUCCCACCUCCUAUUUACAAUGUCAUUUAUAUGAAGUUGAUCAAGUGUGAUGUGUAUAGUUUUAAUAUUUAAAACAUUUUACAACACAAGCUCAAUGGCUGACUGGCAUGGAGGCGUCUUUACAGAAUUGUUCCUGAAAACAUUAAGAAAGUCAACAUAAUGGAGAAGAAUUUAUAAUUUUCAAAUUUUUAAUUGACAGCUGAUUUAUGAAGUAAAUUCUAAUCACCCCCAAGUAAGAAAUAUUUUAAGCAGAUGAUUAAUAUAUAUGUUGUCAAGUGAUGUAUAUCCUUAAUUAACAGAUGAUUAAUAUCUAUGUAAACAAGUGAUGUAUACUCUAAAAGUGGUUAAUAUCUAUGUUAACAAGUGAUGCACACAUGUACCCUGAACAGAUGAUUGAUGUCUAUUCAAACAGAUGAUUAAACAAGUGAUGUAUACCCUAAACAAGAGAUUAAUAUCUAUGUAAACAAGUGAUGGAUACCCAAAACAGACGAUUAAUAUCUAUGUAAACAAGUGGUGUAUACCCUAAACGAAACAAGUGAUGUAUACCCUAAACAAGUGAUGUAUACCCAGAGUGAAUAUUUCUCCAUGCUGGAAUAUUAGCUAGUUGUUAUAGUCAUGAUAUAGUGUAGCAUUAGACAACAGUUGUAGAAGUCAUUUCUUAGGGCAGAUAACUCAUCCCGCCUUUAUCAACAAUAAAGUUGUCCCACCUAAAGCGCCAAAUCCGGUCUUACCUACUGCUAAAUCAUUUUGUGGAGUAGAAUGAAAAAAGAAAGUUUUGGCUGAUAUAUUAAACUGCUUUCGAUUUACUUGUAUUAAUAAUAAGAGCAUAUAUAUAUAUAUAUUACAAUCCACACACAUACAAGCAAACUCAAAGCAAUUUUUUAUAUCAAAAAUUGCAAGAAUGUGUUGUCAUUGAAGUUUGUGUGACUGGGUGAAAAAAAGAUGUUACCACGUCUUGUGACCGGGUGAACAAAGUUUUUUUACGAUUUCUAAGAAGGUUUUGUUUAUUAAGUAAAAUACAUGUAAUCAUAAUUUAUCAUUGCCUUAAUUUAGUGCUGCAUCGUGCAUGUUUAAUUAUUCUUAAUAUGUCGUCUGUUGUACUUUUUAAUACGUUUAUUUAACACCCCAUUAUUAUAAAUACAUUAUUUAUAUUUAUUAAUCACACCACUAUCAAGUUACAAUUAGAGGGGCAAUAAUUAUUCAACAUGGGGACUAAUUGAAAUUCUGAAAACCCAUAUACUUCAGUAAGUCGGUAAAAACAUGUGUUGAUGUAAUUUAAAAAGAUGGUGUCCAGAUCCGUUGGCGUUAAAAAAUUGAGACAGAUCUUUUGACUUAAUUUUUAAGAUCCAAAUCCAGGAAUUUUCUGCAGGCUUGUCGAAAAUUGAUUUGCUCUAAUUGGUUUGGAUUUUCGAUAUGUUAAGGCAAUGUCAAUUUUGAAUAUAGUAAUGUAUGAAAUCUAUUACAUUUGUUUCUAGUUAUUGCCUCUUUAAGACUUGAUGAACUUUUAGAAGAUUAGAUAUUCUAUUGCCCCUCUUGUCAUAGUAUACAUUCUAUAUCAAUACCUACCAAAUAAAAGUACCCCAAGUUGGUUUAAAUAAUGUUAUUGAAUACAGAAUAUCUGUUGGUUCUAAAUGAUGAUAAUUUGUGUAUUAGUAAUUCAGGUAUAUUCUUAGAAAACUGUUACACAAUCAUAGUAUUGUCUAUUUAAAAUAUUUGUUUUGGUAUUUUCAAUUUCACUUAGUUUCGUUUAUUUUUUUAAAAGAAAUUCUGAAAAUGUUAUUUUCCCUGCUAAAUUCCUUGAAGGUCUAUGUGACCAGUAUCUUUUAAAACUUGCCUAUCUGAUAGGGAACAAUUUGUUUGUUUAAAAUUUCAAAAUUGUGAAAUUAAAAUCUUUUGAAAAGAGCAAAUAAGCACUUUCAUGCUGUUUGUUGUUAAUUGAUUCGCCUCACCCUCAUAAAAGAUAAGAAGCAAAAUUUUAAUACAUGUAGGUGUACUUGAAGAACAAAAGUUAAUAAUGGUGUGGUCUAAUGAAAUUAUGCAAAUGAAUUAAGACUUGUAGAAUUUAGGUGUACUGUAAUAAUCAACAAACCAAAUAUUGGUUUCAAUAUAUAAGUAUAGUCUGACUUAUUUUACACAGUAUGUGAUGUAACUGUAUAUAUAUAUUAUACUACUGUGUAGUUUGUAUAUUUAUAUGUAGACCAUGAUAGCUUCAAAUAUUCUAAUAAUACUAUGAAUGGGAUAGUAAUUGCUGCAAACUAGUCCUGGAUCAGUUAUCAAUAAUGUUAUUGCUCAGUAAUUUAUCUCUUUCUUUGUAAGGAUUAUUUAUAGUAAUUUACAUAUCUUGACUAAUUAGCUUAAUAUACAUUUACAGGUUUUAUAUGAUUAAACUAGAUUUUGUAGCAACAGGCCUAAAAAUUUGUGAGAAUCUUAAAAAAAAACCCAACAAAUAAUGAAGGUUCUCAUAGAUUGCUUUGUAGAUUAUAGGAGCAUCAUUGUGGAUUCUUUUUAAAUUUUUAGGCCAGAAUAUUAUUUUGUUACAUAAAUAAUGUAUUUCAAACAAUUACAAUGCAAAAACCAUAUGUCCUCCUUAAUCAUUGACAAAAUACUAAAUUAGUGGGAUUUAUUAAAUGAAUGAGUUGCUCUUAAUUCCAUUAAUUAGUUUAAGUUUAUUAUGAGUCUUAAUAUAUUUAUCAUUGUAAAUUAUAUGUAUCAAAUUUGUACAUCUACAUUCUUUAUAUCCAUCUGUAAGUAAUCGGUCAAAUUUAUAAUCUGUCUGUACAUGUAGUUUGUAAUAUUAUACCUCCGUCAGUCAUAACUAAAUAUAUACUUUGGUAAAUUGGGCUGUCACUUGUAAUUGACUCCCAAAUCAGUCUAUAAACUAGACUUUGCCCAGUAGUAAACGAUUUUAAACACUUCUGUUAUAAUAUGCAUUGUUAUGUAUUUAUAAAAUUAAUAUUAGAAUAUAUGUUCUUUCUAGAAAAAAAAAUCUAAUUACAUGUUACUGACUUACUAUCACAUUAAGCCCAGUUACAUGUCUCUUAAAUAACACCACUUUCAUUAUCAUAUCUACAUUUAGAAUUGUAGAAAUACUACUUUUGAUUUGUCUACAUUAGACAGAUAAAACUGUUUUAUCCUGAAAAUGUGUUCUUCAUCAAUCAUUUCCAAAAUGAUAGCCCGGUCUUGUUGUAUUUUAUCCAUAGAUAGUAGUCGAGUUCAGAUCCAUACAUAUAAAUAUCAUACAUCAUUGUUUAACAUACAUGUAAAGUAUUUAUUUUAACCACAGCAAAUUUCAUUUACAUUAAAUACAUUCUAGUCUCUUUAUUGUGGUUCAGGAAUUGUUCGGCACUCUUGUUGUAUUAGCUGCUAUAAAUCCAUUGAUUUUUUUCUGAUUAUUAUGUUUUCUCAUUUCUCUUUUUGCUCUCUAUUUUCAUAUCCAACUUUAAGGGUUUUUUUUUUUUAAUUUUGACCAAGCCGACACCUUUGCCAGAUAAGAUAAAAUGAUUAAAAACUAGAUUUCGUUUUUAAUUUUAUUAAAUAAUAAAAACACAAAUUAAAAGAUUUCUUUGUGAAAAAUAUAACUUAUAGCUGCUGAUCGUCAAAAGCUUUCAGAUAAUAUCUAAAUUUUCAUGGCUUAAUCCACGCUAAAUUGUACUCAAAUUAAUUAUUUUACAUUCUGUUAAAUAUGUUUUGUGAUGGAUGAUUUAACGUAAAAAUGGAUAAUCAAGACUCUGUUUAAUAUCAUACCAACGGUAGUAAUGACAAUGGAGGCUCAUAUCUUGGUUCAGAGUGAAGUAAUUUGACUGAAAUUUUCAGCAUAUUCUGUUUUCAUUAUCUAUUUUGUUACUACUAUAGCGAGAGCUGUCAGCUCUUCAUCUAAUCUUUCCAUAAUGCCGCUUGAAGAAAACAAAAGAUAAACUUUCCUGGCUUGAAUUCAAAUGGAAAAUUUUAUACAAAGCAUAUUAAAUUAAUAAAAGAUAAUGAAGUUAAAAAAAACCUAUUUACAGUAUAUUUAACAUUGUUAUUUACAUUUUGUUAAUUUUAUCUAUAGAAGGGUAUUAGGUAUUUUGAUGAAGUACAUAUCAUUUGUGAAAUGUUGUUAAAGAUUUAUGAUACAUUUUGGAUUUUAACAGUGCAAAAAUAAUAAUGCCUAUCUUUUUAUAGUUAAAGAUUGAUUAAUUAGUUGAGUUGUUGAAUUAACAUUAAUAUUUUGUCAUUUCUUUUCCAAUUAUUUAUACAUAUUAUUUGUAUCUUUUGAAAUAUAGUCAUCAUAUAAUUACCUAAAUUCAGUUAUACUUUUGAAAGAUAGACAGGGGGUUAAUUGUCCACUUGACCCAGUCUAGGUCAUUUCGGGAUUAACAUAUGGUUCAAUUUUAUUUCGAUUAUUCACUUGCGCAUAGGGGUCUUUAGCAGUGGGAGAAAAUUUACUAGGUUAGGCUGGUGAUCCUACUUCCAGUUAUGUACAAGUAUGGGAUCGAAACCAUGCCACUUGACUCAAAGACCAACCAUAGAAUCAUUCAGCCACCUUACCACCAUAAUACUGUCUUAUUGUAGUUUCUGUCCUAAUUAUCACCAGUUGAAUAUUUUAUAUUUGCUGGAUCAUUAAACAAUAUGAAAAUAAAGAUCAACCAUUGCUGCGGCUGUUUUACACACCUACCAUAUGUGGAAUUUGACCUCUACGUCUACAUAAAAAGUCAUCCAUCUUGGUCACAAACAAUCUACCAUAAAAUUUACAAACAUAAUUAGACAAUGAAAUGAUAAUAUGAAUAUCCUGAAUUACUUAUUCAGUAGGUAUGGCUAAUCAUGGAUUGCUGAAAUCGAUAUACCAUAAAAUUUACAAAAGUAAUUAGACAAUGAAAUGAUAAUUUGAAUAUCAUUAAUUACUUAUUCAGUAGGUAUGGUCAAUCAUGGAUUGCUGAAAUUGAUAUAUAAAGUAUGAUGGCUAUAUUUAGUAAUCAGUAUUAAUAUACUAUCCAUCUGUUAAAGUCAAUUUUGUUUUCUUAGUAUUAUCACUGUUUGUCCCAAAUUUUUAUUACAGGUCACAUGUAUAAUAUAUGUGGUUUAAAGGUUGAGAGAGAGAGAGAGAGACAAUAAGUAACAUUGAUAUUGCACGAGGGCAUCAGCCUGAGUGUUGUUUGAAUAUAUUAUGCAUUGUUUUGCUGGAGACCUUUGAACAACUUAAAAUACAGAUACACUAUCCCGCAUGUGCAUUUCUAUGAAAUUGUCACAUGAGGUCAAUAUUUCUGCCAUCUUAUAUAAAUAAUGUAAAAUUGGCCUGUUAUUUGAAAUAAUAGAGCCCCUACAUCAGAGGUUGAUGUCAUCUGUAUUUUAAGUUCAUUUUAAGUCACAAAUGUAAAUCAGCAUUCACAUUCAUACUAACUUUUAAAUUAUUAUUAAAAAUUGAAACUUAAUGCAGUUAGGUUAGAUAUCAUUGAAAAUUACUAUUUUUAUCAUUGACUGUAAGACUUUUAUAUUAAGUAUGAAAUAGUGUACAUAUAAAAACGGACCUACUUGAAACAUUGAUAUUAUUAUACAUGUAGACUAGUGAUAAAUAAAUAACUGAUUGUAGUAGUAUAAAUAUACAAAAAUCAGUUUUAGAAUGUAGAAAACAUAAUGAUUUUGGGGGUUUCUAAAUAGAAUUCUUAUGUCUAACAAUAUAUUUAAUUAUCUAUCUUCAAAGUCUUAUAGUGGUUGACAUAACCUCUAGCAGUCUAUACAUUAUUACUGGUAUCUGGUAAUAAGAAUUACUGGUAUCUGGUAAUAAGAAAUAUUGAUCUAUCACAAUAUGAAUGAUAUUAUAAUAACCUUCCCAAGUGUACACAUCGAUGGAGCCAAACAAAGAAUUUAAUUUGUUUUUCUUAAGGAAAAUUACUUAAUUUCCAUCUAUUUUAAUAUUUACCAAAUGUUUCUGAUUUGUUGAUGUCCUGAAUGAUUUCCUCUUGGAAAGUAAGUUAAUUUCCUUCAUACUACAAGUUAUUUUUACCAAUGGUUCCAGAUUUAGGAUGUGUUUAACUUUUUCUGACCUGUGUCUGUUUACCUAUGUAUUUGUUGUAUAAUAUGAUUUAUAUAUGUAUAUAACCAGUUGUAUACUCUUAGAUCUGGGUGGCUGUAUAUAUAAUAUGCUUAUCUUUAUUACUCAACAAUCAUGUCCGAUUUCUAAUAAUGUGAUAUAUUUAACCAUAGUAGUAACAAACUGACUGAAAAUUCAGAAAUUAGUUGCAGCAAUGAAAGUGAAAGUAGAUAUUCGUAAAUACUGUAAUAAAGUCAAGACAUACAAGGAUGAAUUGUUUUUAUACGCCCACAUGGAAAUGUGAUCUUAUAUUGUUUGUCGUCUACCGGUCCUCCACAAUUUCUUGUAAACACUCUUCAGACUACAUUUUUCAUCUGGUCUUAACAUUUAUAUAUAUUAUAUAUAUUGAACUUCAACGAUUUCCGUUAAUUACUUCUCGAGUUAUUGAUUGUGUUAAACUUUGUGGAGUGUUGCAGUGACAAAAUUUAUCAUCCAAUCUGUAAGAAAUUUAUGUGCGUUAUUUAAAUUUGUGAAACCGAGAAGCCUAUUGAAUUUCAGCAAUGAUAUUAUACCGUCUAAAGAUGUUGCCUCGUGAACUGCUCAGACGACAUAGCUGCUGUGGGAGUAUGGUCAUUGCCUGGCAACCUUACUUUGUAAUUUGGAUAUUUACACCACACUGUUAUUUUAAUAGACGUUGUUGUACUCUUGUCAAACAUUUUCAUUAAUUACUAUUAGCUUUUCUUAUUAAGGAAAGUCAUGUUAAUUUUGUUCUGUUUUCUCUGUAAUUUUCUUUUUUACCAUAUGUAAUUAAUUACCAAGUAAUUAGUUAACAUGAUUGAUUAAUUGAUUGAAUAUAUGUCUGUCUUUCUGAACUAAUGUUACAUACAAGUACAAAAUAAUGUAAAUAUAUGUUACAGUAUUUAGAAUUGCUUGUUUUACUUUUUACGUCAAUUAAUUACUGCUUUUAACCAUAUUGUUGCAAUAAAUAAUUCUUAUCAUUGGUCACAA